AUGGGGCAAAGGAUCAAAGGGUUUUACUUUGUCACCCAGGAUCCACCACAGAAACGAUGCGAAAAAUCCAGACCUGGAAAGGGGAAGGGCCAGUGGUGGGCAUUUGGGAAAGUUAGGCCGAUCGGGUGUCUUCAUUCAAGCGACGGUACAGAAGAAGAACAAAACAAAGUGAGAGGAUGGGGGGUAGGGAAAGGAGUCGAGUCGAUCAGACUCGAUGACCGGGAGAAGCAAAAAGAAAUUCAGAUUUGGCCGAAAAAGAAGCAACGCUAUGGAUACCAUGACCGAUCACCAUCGAUUAAGAAAAAUCUUUCAAAAUUACUUCGGGUCAGUAGGGCCUUCAAGCAUCCGAAAUACGACGGGCUUGUAAAUGACAUAGCCCUCCUAAAUGAUGACUCCUUCAGAAAAACGAAGUUAUUCAACUUCUUUUUCUCAAAGAAGUCCCCCUCCGACAGCCCGAUGAGUCAUCCACUUAAAAGGACCCUCCCUGCGGUGCACCCUUCCUUGAAUUAUUCGGUCAUGCAAUACUUAUUGAAGACAAAGAACCAAAUGCAUUUUGACCCCGUCGUAGUUCUCAAUCAUUUUGUGGAACCAGGCGUGGUUGAACCAUCUACCAUGGGGGGAGCUAAUGCAUAA